AUCCGCUAAAUGACAUGGUAUGGAUACAGAAAUAAUAUAGUGUGUACAAAUCUGUGAUAAAUGAUAAGAAAAGUUCGGGUAGUUUGGAAUCUGUAGAACGAAUCUCCGCCUGGGAUUAUAGGUAUUCGUACAUUAGCAACAACCUCUGAAGGACGCCAUCACAGGGAGAGUGAGCUACCGAGCAGAUCGAGGCCUUCGUCCGCCAUCAUCAUAAUAUACCAUCACAUCUCUCUCUAGCUCUUCCAUGUUGUGUUACUCACAACAGGUCGUUCUCUCCGACACUCGGAUCUACGGCCAACCGUGCAUCGUAUAAGCAUCGUCCGCCAUAUCAGGAACACGUAUUUGUUUACAUUAGAGGUGUACACAUUAUGCGAACGAAAACGAAUGAGAAUGUAUGACGGCGGGCUUGUAAUCGUUUAAUGUUAGUGAAUAUUGACAGUUGACUCUCCUCUCACAAUCCAACACCCCCACACCCGACGGGAGAAACCCGUAGCUCGUGCAAUACGUUCGAUCCCCUAAUGGCCAGUUCAGGAGAAACCCCGAAUGACUGUCAAGAAGAGUCGUUGAGGCAGAAACAAGGAACCAGGGUGUUUAAAAAGAGCAGUCCCAAUGGAAAGAUAACAGCCUACCUCGGAAAGAGAGAUUUCAUAGACCACUUGACACACAUAGACCCAGUAGAUGGCGUUAUAUUGGUGGAUCCCGAGUACCUCAAGGAACGCAAGGUAUUUGCACAUAUCCUUGCUGCAUUCCGUUAUGGUCGAGAAGAUCUGGAUGUGUUAGGUCUGACCUUCCGUAAAGAUCUUUACCUGGCCUCGGUGCAGGUGUACCCACCAGGAAAGGACCAAGAGAAACCUCUGACACGGCUCCAGGAACGCCUCAUAAAAAAGCUGGGCCCAAAUGCUUAUCCGUUCUUUUUUGAGCUGCCACCAAACGCACCUGCCUCUGUGACUCUACAGCCGGCCCCUGGAGAUACAGGCAAGCCCUGCGGUGUCGAUUACGAAUUGAAGACCUAUGUAGCAGAGAAUGCAGAAGAAAAGCCACACAAGAGGAAUUCAGUUCGUCUAGCGAUAAGGAAGCUGACAUAUGCUCCCGUGGAACCAGCCCCACAACCUAGCGCUGAGGCUACCAAAGACUUUAUGAUGAGUCCUGGUAAUAUCAAGCUUGAGGCCUCUCUAGACAAAGAAAAAUACUAUCAUGGUGAAAAUAUUGCUGUCAAUGUUCUUGUGGAUAACAAUACCAACAAGACGGUGAAGAAAAUAAAGAUUUCAGUACGACAGUUUGCUGAUAUUUGUUUGUUCUCAACUGCGCAGUAUAAAUGCACAGUAGCAGACAUGGAAAGCGAAGAAGGCUUUCCUAUCCAACCUAGUCAAACUGGUUUCUGUAAAGUUUACCACUGUACGCCCCUCCUAACCAACAACAGGGAUAAACGUGGCCUCGCACUAGAUGGCAAACUCAAACAUGAGGACACCAACUUAGCCUCCUCCACUAUAAUGGGAGAUUCUAGUCAAAAAGAAAACCUUGGCAUUGUUGUCUCCUACAAAGUCAAGGUCAGGUUAAUUCUUGGAUUUGGUUCAGGGGACUUGUCGGUGGAGCUGCCGUUUACCCUGACACAUCCCAAACCUCCUGAGUCCCCACCCGCUUCUCGCCCAGUCAGUCUCUCUCAACAGGAUGGCGGAAAGGACGCACCUGUCGACACUAAUCUCAUCCAACUGGACACUAAUGGUGUACGAAGUGGUGACGAUGAUUUCAUCUUUGAAGAUUUUGCUCGUUUGCGACUGAAGGGGCAUGAUGGGGACGAUACGGAGGCUUAGCAUUACAUAUAUGUGUUCAGUGUAUCAUUUCUACAUGGACUGAGAAAUUGAAGGAGUUAUCCCCCUUGACUGCUCUUCAAAAUCAAACAUGAGAUCUAUAUGAAGAAACGAAAUCAGGAAAGUGAUGUCAGAUUUGUAAAGGUUCUUUUUUCCCUCUGUGUCAAAGUUUCACAGAUACACAUACAGUUUUCAAAGGUUAUAAAAUACAUUUUUCUGCUGUUUUAUGAAUGUAGAAUGAUAUAUCACAGUUUUAUGUGAAAUGCAACACUUGCUAAAAUGGAAUCAGUGUUCAUGAAAAUGUCAUCUAUGAAAAUGGUGAGAAAAAUACGAAAAAAGAAUCUGUAUAAAGACGGUAAAUGUGAUUUUAUCUAUCCUAAAGUACCAUGUAACGUUUUUGGUAUUCUUUCCAUAUGUUUUGUGUAUAAAGGUAUUUUAUGCAAUGAACAUGUGAUCCGUUGGGGGAAAAGUCAGUUUUCUGGAAUGGACACUUUUUUAUGUGAAGUUUUUUUUAAAGACUGAGUGAAUCCAGAAUGUUGAAGAGGAACGGGGGCAGUUCUGGCUGUUGCCACCUCGUCAGUUUUGGUAGUUACUGCUAGGAAAAUAUUGGCUGUAAAACGGAAAAUCAUCAUCACGGGAAGUCUUGUAAUGUAAAGGAGAUUGUAUGUGAAUGUUUGACAGAAACUAGUUAUAGUUUCACAGUUAUCAUCAAAUUUGAAGCAUCUUACAGCAUCUGUGGUAUGGAAUAUUAGGCUUUACAACUAAAUCUGCAAUAAUUAUGGACUGUAAUCUCCAUUAACAGAAUCUCGUUUCAAAAAAAAGUUUUUAUAUGUUAUGUUUGGAUAAAUUAAUUGAUAUUUUUACAAAACGAUUUUCAUCAUAUAUUUAUUAUGAUCGGUCAAAUUAUAACUGUCUACAGCCUGUUAUUCGCUGACAGUAUUUAACAGUAUCAGUAAAGGGAUUAAAUCGGUACAAACUAACAACUAAAUCUAUGUUAGAAAAGUCUAGAAUGAUCUACAAGACAUUCGUUUUUAUCUUUUAUCAUAAGCAUGAUGCCUCACAAUUAGAUACAGUUAGAUCUCAUUGGAUUGGUGGACUUUUUCAAAAAGAAUUUUAGAUUUUUUUUCAAAAAUCUCAAAUUAGGUUAAAAACAAAUGAAAGUGGCUUUGAAAUAUUUUCAGGUAACAUUUUGUAUGCUUAUAAGUCUACCAUCUGGCUCACUAAAUGAUGGGCUAUUCAAAUUGUUCUGUAUGGUCUAUCGUCCGUCUAUCUUUCAAAAAACGGAUGGAUUUUUCUGAAAUUUCAUAUGAAUGUUCUUCCUGGUCCAGUGUUGUGGCCAUUUGGGUUGAUCAGAUAGAAAAAUACUCAAAAUCAAUCUGUUAAACAAAAUCGGUGAUAGGUGGCCAUCUUGGAUUUUGAUAAUGAAAGUUGUUUAUCACUCUUUGAUGACAAAUACCUGAUGAAUCUUUCUCGAAGCUAUAUGUGGUCUCUAGUUGCAGACUUUUGAUUUUUGAACUGUUGAAAAAAAAAAAUUAUGUAACUAAGAGUAUGAGUAGAGAAAAGCAUAGAAAACGGUAAAAUCCCACUUUUCAAAAAACAAAUAAAGAUCAAACAAGGGUCAUAAAUAAUCUGUUAUGAAAUCAUUAUUUUUUAUUAGGAAAAUUUGAUGAUAAUUGUGAAACUGAGACUUGUCCACAAUAAGUGGUUUAGAGGGUAUCGUUUCCAUAGCACCACGCUUUGUAUCCAAUGAUAUAAGUGUCAUUUAUAUGUAUAUGUAUGUAGUGGUGAUUACCAGGGUCCUCAGACAGUAGAACCAACGUAGUUAUUUGUAAACAACCCAUGAAACAAAUCAAUGUUGUAUAUGAUGCUAAAGUGUAACUCCAUGUUGUGGGCUCUCCGCUGUUACUUUACUGUGGUUGUCUCCCUUUUGUGAACUCUCAGGGCAUCCAGAGAUUUGUUUUAGUACAUGCUAAAAGGACCAAAUUCAAGCGUUCAGAAAAACUCCCGUAUAGAUUAAGAUUGAGACAUCUUAACACAGAUAUACUUAUGUAAAAUAAAGGGUUUUCUGUAGACCUCACAUAUAUGUUCAUUUUACUGUAAUUAUCUUAUUUUAAACCCGCGGCCAAAAACAUGACGUCAGACCCAAAGUCAAUCGGGGGGCUUUUUACAGGACAAUGAAUUUAUUUGUAAAUCAACUGAAGAUAUCAGAUAUUACAUACUACCUGGUGUGGACUUAUUACUUGAUAAAUGGUGUAUACUGUAUUGGGUUCAAACAAAAUGAAUUGUUUUAAAAUUUGAUCUCUGAUAAGACUUUGUAAAUAAAUGAACAUCAAAGUGAUUUUCAUCUCAAUCUGAAGGAAUAUUGUCAAAAUUUUGAAGUAUGUGAAAAUUCCUGCAUAUAACAAAGGUCUCUACCUAAAGGGUAGUAACAUAGAAUUCAGUCUAUUACUUUUUAAUAUAGAUUAACUGCUUACCAAGUCAACUCACUCUGAAGUUAAAAGGGAGUCUAGUGCCAGGUUAUGCCUUUGAUUUUUUUUGGGGAAAAAACAUUUUUACUGUGUUAAUUCUGAGACAAACAAGUCAUCUGGUACAUUACUUCAACAGCCUUAUUGUUUAUCUAUGAUAGCAGAUAUAUCUCUUUGUUCAACUAAUAUAAGUAAAGGUAUAUUUGUUUAGCUGAAACUAUUGUUCUAACGAGGCAGGUGUUCAGAAGAUUUGUCAAUACAUGUGUUCCUUUAUGGUAUGUUAGAUAUUGUUUAUGAUGUUACUUUUGUACAGAUCGAGGAAACUAGGGUCAAAUUUCUAGGUUAUUGUUACUUAAAGUUCAUUUAUAGUAAUCUGUUGUUGCUCACAUAUUUAAUUGCAUUUAUGUUUGUAUGAGUGCCACAUGUGAUAGCAAAAGCUAUAGAUAUUACUACAAAAAUGUAAAAAAGUAAGGAAAGAAAACACACGGUCAUAUUUACUCGUCAAAAUCCAAAUCUUCCGUUCUCACAGGAGGACAUCUGUUUAGCCUGCUGAAAAGGUCACAACACAACGUAUAUAUACAUACCAUUUUUGAUAUAAGAUGAAAGGACACCAACGACAGAACUCAGUAGCCUGUUUCUGAGUUUUUCUUCCUAACGUCUAUUCCUUUCGCCAGGUGUUGUUUCAGUGAUGAACAUAAGUGUUUGGAUAACCUUACGUCAGUAUAAUUGUAAAAUGACGAAGCAUCUCUAUCGACUUCAAAGGACGGAUUUUAUCCAAGUUUAAGGUGUAAUUUCUACACAAGAUACCAAUAAGAUUACAUGUACUAAACCAACUAAAUGUUAUGAUAUAUUCCAAGUGUGAAUAGAGGAUGAUAUUAUACAAAAAUAGAACCCUAACGUUUUCAAAUUACACUACAUCUUUUAAUGUGUGUGUUUUUUAUCCUUGAAAAAGAGCUUUGGCUCUCGGUUUUUUCUGACCCAAAAGGAUUUGUGAUUUGAUUUCUGAAAAUGCUCUGAAUGUACUGGGUUAGAUUUUUGAAUUACUAAAUCAGUUUCAUAGAAAUAGCGUUAAUUGUUUACAUGAUAGUACAAUAUUUUAGUUAUUUAUUUUGGUUACAUAGUACCGAAAGUUUAGAUAUGUAGGUUUAAAUUUUUGAUAUCAGUCAAAUAAAUAUUAGCAUAAUUUUCCUUGACAUUACAAAGGCAGAAGUCAAAGGUAUUUUCAGAAAAUGAUUACCUGUAUAAUACAUCAUCAUAUUUGUCCAAUAGUAUGCUGUGAUGAAUGGCUCUCAAAUGAUGUAAAUUCUCUUUGUAUAAUGACCAAGGUAAGUAGUUUUAGGAAGGGGUCUAUUUAAGUGAACUUUGUCAAAAAAUCCGACCGAUGACCAAUACGAGAUUAUUGGGCUUUUUGUUGCGAGUUUUAUGAUAGAGAGGUACAAUGGAGGAUUAUCUUGAAAUUUUCAUCAAUUUUCAGCUUUAAAAAUUGAAAAAAAUAUCAAUAUUUGUUAUACUUGUUAGAUAAUUUUAUAUAUGUGGAUAGAAAUUAACCUGCAUACUGCUUACUAACUGAAUUAAAGAUCUACAUGUUUAUAUAUCCGCUGUUAAAGAUUUGCCGGACUCCUAUAGACUAUUGUUGGUGUUAUGAAACUGUUGCAUUUAUCAGAUAAUUAAGCAAAAAAGCAGUAGAGUUAACAUGUGAUGACUCAACUAUCUUGAUAAUUCACACUAACCUGACCAAAUUUACGAAGUGAAAAAUAUGCUACAAAUUGCUUUGUAGUUUGUAACCUUUAAAAAAACUCUUUGGGAGAUAUUUAAUAACUUCAUCUCAAUUAUCCACAUGUCAAAUUUGAUAUGUUGUUACAUCUUAAAGCUGUACUGAUGAUAGUGGCAGGCCUUCAAAUUGCUGUUCGAAUUUUUAGCGGAGGAGGCGGUAGUAAAAAGCAACUAGUUAAACAAGGGAGAUAACACAACACGUUUUAGCAAGGGAGGUAACCCCUGACUGCAAUGUGUACCCUGUUAUAUUUUUUCAGUGUAUCAACAAACAAUGGCUUGUGUGUUUCUGAUAUUCACUAUUUAUCUAAUGUCCAUGGUCAUCAUACGUCCAGUUGGCAUUGUCCUCAUAUUUGAAGUAAACUUUCACAUAGAAAAAUGUGGAGUUUCUUUCAGAUUUGAAAAAAAUUGGAACAGGAUGUACAACUGUAUGUCAUUGGUAUCAUUAUAGUUUACCUACUGUGUGCAUAUAAUAUAUAUUUAUAAUCUAAAUGUAUUAAAACAACUGAAAAUAUUACUGG